UUGACCCCUCUGCCGACGAACCAAUGAGCUUCCACGUUACUGCGGAGUAGCCAGGAUACUUGGAGGCGCUCUUUAGUCAACAUGUCCUCGUCAGAGGGUAAUAAUGGCCCGAGCCAGGCACCACCGUACCCGGGUGUUCCCCCUUCUGGGAUGCCUCCGCCCUUUAUGGGACCACCUGGAAUCCCACCUCAUUUCCCUCCAAUGGGAAUGCCCCCCAUGGGGCAACGACCACCUAACAUGACCCCCAUGCCACCUGGGAUGAUGCCCCCUGGCAUGAUGCCACCGAUGGGUGGACCUCCAAUGGGACAGAUGCCGGGCAUGAUGCCACCCAUGAUGCCUGGGAUGAUGAUGCCCCAUCGCAUGCCAGCUGCAGCGAUGCAGCCAUCAGGACCGCCUGGAGUGGAGUCUUCAGCAGCAGCCCCAGGCACAGCUAUCGCAACAAACGGCUCCCCACCAGAGGAUCAGCCAAAGAAGAAAUCGGUGUGGACAGAGCACAAAUCUCUCGACGCAAAGACGUACUACUACAAUACAGAGACCAAGCAGUCCACCUGGGAGAAACCAGACGACCUCAAGUCUCCUGCCGAGCAAAUGCUAUCCAAGUGUCCGUGGAAAGAGUACAAGUCGGACACGGGGAAGCCUUACUACUACAACUCCCUGACCAAGGAGUCCAGAUGGACUAAACCCAAGGAACUGGAGGACCUGGAAGCUAUGAUCAAAGCGGAGGAGAACGGGACGGCGGAGGCAAUGGCUCCCGGCACCGCCCCCGCCCCCGCCAUGCAGGCCGACCUGGCCGCCGCCGGCGCCAUCGCCAUGGCGACCAUGAUGGAGGCGGAGCCCGCGCCGGCGCGCGCCGAGGAGCCCAUGUCCCAGGUGGCCGAGCUCACCGCCACGGACGCACCUGUGGCCUCCGCCGAGGCCCCCGUCGCUGUGGAAACCGCAGCCAGCCUGCCUGAAGGACAGCUACAAGUUGCUGAAGCGCCCAAGGAGGAGCGCCCAGAGCUCCAGAAGAAGACCUACAAGUGGAACACCAAAGAGGAGGCCAAGCAGGCCUUCAAAGAACUGCUGAAGGAGAAGGGUGUGUCCUCAAACUCCUCCUGGGAGCAAGCCAUGAAGAUGAUCAUCAACGAUCCGCGCUACAGUGCCCUGCCCAAGCUGAGCGAGAAGAAGCAGGCGUUCAACGCCUACAAGGUGCAGACGGAGAAGGAGGAGAAGGAGGAGGCCCGGAUCAAGUACAAGGAGUCCAAGGAGACCUACCAGAGGUUCCUGGAGAACCACGACAAGAUGACGUCCACCACGAGAUACAAGAAAGCGGAGCAGAUGUUCAGCGACCAGGAGGUCUGGAGCUGCGUCCCUGAGCGAGAUCGUCUGGAGAUCUACGAGGACGUGCUCUUCUACCUGGCCAAGAAGGAGAAGGAACAAGCCAAGCAGCUGAGGAAGAGGAACUGGGAGGCGCUGAAGAACAUCCUGGACAACAUGGCCAACGUGACGUACCGCACCACCUGGUCCGAGGCGCAGCAGUACCUGCUAGACAACCCUACCUUCGCUGAAGACGAGGAGCUGCAGAACAUGGACAAGGAGGACGCGUUGAUCUGCUUCGAGGAGCACAUCCGGGCCCUGGAGAAGGAGGAGGAGGACGAGAAGCAGAAGACGCAGCUCAGAGAGAGGAGACGGCAGCGCAAGAACCGCGAGUCCUUCCAGAAAUUCCUGGACGAGCUGCACGACCACGGCCAGCUGCACUCCAUGUCUGCCUGGAUGGAGAUGUACCCCACCGUCAGCUCCGACAUCCGCUUCGCCAACAUGCUGGGCCAGCCCGGCGUCACCCCCCUGGACCUGUUUAAGUUCUACGUGGAGGACCUGAAAGCCCGUUACCAUGACGAGAAGAGAAUCAUCAAAGACAUACUGAAGGAUAAGAGCUUCCUGGUGGAGGUGAACACCACCUUCGAGGACUUCGGCACGGUCAUCAGCUCGGACAAGAGGGCCACCACCUUGGACGCGGGCAACAUCAAGUUGGCGUUCAACAGCCUGCUGGAGAAGGCGGAGGCCCGGGAGAGGGAACGGGAGAAGGAGGAGGCCAGGAAGAUGAAGAGGAAGGAGGCCGCCUUCAAAAGCAUGCUGAAGCAGGCCACGCCCCCGCUGGAACCCGAGGCCAGCUGGGAGACGGUCCGAGAGCGGUUCCUCAAAGAGUCUGUGUUCGAGGACGUGACGCUGGAGUCGGAGAGGAAGAGGAUCUUCAAAGACUUCAUGCACGUGCUGGAGCAUGAAUGCCAGCACCACCACUCGAAGACGAAGAAGCACUCCAAGAAGUCGAAGAAGCACCACAGGAAGCGUUCCCGCUCCCGAUCGGGCUCCGAGUCCGAGGAGGACGAGUACCACAAGAAGAAGAAGAGGUCCCAGUCCAAGUCUCCGUCCGAGCGCUCCUCCAGUGGAGAGUCCGAGCGAAGCUACAAGAAGUCCAAGAAGCACAAGAAGAAGGGAAAGAAGCGACGCCACAAGUCUGCGUCCGAGUCCGACGGAGACAAGAAGGGACGAGAGAGAGACGGGAAGCGCGAGAAGGACCAAGAGAAAGACAAGGAGAACGACAAGUCCCGAGGAAAGAGCCAUCAGGAGCCCAAACAGAAGUCCCCCAAGAGAAAGGCUCCCAAGGAGGAGGGCGGCUGGGACACCUCUGGCAGCGAGCUGAGUGAGGGCGAGCUGGAGAAGAGGAGGCGGACCUUACUGGAGCAGCUGGACGCCCCUUGAUUCCCCCCCCCCCCCCCCCCCCAUCGCCACUGCUGGCCACCUCCUGGAAAAAAAACACAACAAAAAAAACUCCCCAUGCAUUCCUGCUCCUCCUCCUCCUCCUCCAUGUUGAUCAAAGGCCGCCACCGCGCCGAACGCAGCGGUCGUAGCCGUCCGAUAACUGUACAACUUCACGAUUGUACGAUAAUUCGUACGACUUUGGUAACUUGUGUCUUUUUAUAAAAAAAAAAAAAAAUGGAUUGGUCUUUGGUGGCGUAAAAUAGCCUUGUUGUUGCCUUGGUUAUGCUUUAGAUUAUAUUUGUAGGUUGUAGGUGUACGUUUUUACUUUCCGUUAUUUAGCUAAUGGAUUCGGAAGCGGUUUCGUGGCCCGAUAUCGACGAUCGUGUGAAGGUUGGUCAAACUUUUUUUUUUUUUUUUAGCUUUCGACUGGGUUCUUAUUAACGAGUCCACAAGUCCAGAGAACCGGGGGAAAUCUGCUUUGAAGGUUUUUAACUUAACUGUCGCUGUACGUCUUCGGACUCGUCAAACAGGAUUUUGAGAAUUGGAGAAUUUGGAUUAUCUGUACAUGUAAUAAAAUACUAUUUCCAUGGAG